AUGAUAUCCGCUCACGACCCCAUCGACAUCCCACACCCACCCCGACGAAGACGCUCCAGUCUGCUCGACCGCUGGAUAAAGGAGCAGCAAACACAGCCCCAAGUGACGCUCGACGAGCCUCCAGGCAUUCUUGGCUUUGACCCCACGCAGUCAAGCUCGGGGACGCCGCCGAACGCAUACUUGGCCUACCCAGACUUGGCCCGGCGUCAGACGGCAGAAGAAGCCAGCGAUGAUGACAACACCGUGAAUAGUUAUGAUCUUGUCCAAGACGAUGACAUUCCAGCCCAUGUUGGCGUUGAUCUCACACCGUUCGAGCCCUCUUCUCCAGGUAUGUCCAAAUGGCGCCCCAGCGUUAUGGGGCACUUCGGCUCUCCGUCAUCACCGGGGAAAACAAGUUCAAUCACAGAAUCUACAUUUACGCCCUCUCGUCCCAGCAUAUCCUCGUGUAUCACCCAGACCUCGACUGCGCCAACGACCGUCGAGAUGUCGUUCCACAAGUUAUCGCUCGUGGAUUCGCUUCAAUCGACCGCGUCACCUAGUAUGAUCUUCAAAACCGGGGGAGCCCUGUCUACGCUAUCUCGGAGUCGCCCACCCACGGCUUCCGGUGUCGGUUCAUCUUACCAAGUGGCGACCGAGAAUAGUCUGUCAGGACGAGCACCAUUUGCACCGAAAUCGAAGAACCGAUAUAGAAGCCACCGCGUGUCUGAUGAUGCCAGGGAUGAGAUUUCCGGCCCAGCAUCUGAUAUGGCACGACCACAUGUAGCCUAUGCCUCGGGCAGCUAUCGAGGCCCGAUGGGCCGUAUGGUUACUAGAGAGUCGAAGAAGAAAAAGCUAGUCGCAAGUGGCGUAGGGCCGAAUGAAUCUCGCAAGUUUGAAGCAUUCCGGCGGUGGUGUGAGAUAACGCGGAUGCCAGAUGGUGAUCUCCAUGUCCACUUCCGAGAUGCAGAAGUUGCAGAGACGGUGUGCCGGCUUCGCGCUCGGGUAUUCAUUGCAGGCGUUGGCAGUGUGUACCUGUCGUGGUAUACCGGCAAUAAGCGAUGA